UGUUGCUAUCUUUAUAUUAUCAAUAAUGACAAUGCAUGUCGGAAACUUGAAUCCCACGACACAAUGCCCGCGUUAGAAAGGAAUUAGGAAACUGUUCUAAAUGAAGAAACUAAGAUAUUGCGCAAAGCUUUCGACCAAAAAAAAAAAAAAAGAUAUUGCGCAAAGCUGUCUCACAUCAAGAAAUUAUCAGUGAAUCUCACAGAUUUCGUUACGUGUGGAAGAAUAUAUUUGACUAAUCGAAAUAUAUUUGCUCCAGCAGAAAGCAGUAUCUUAAAUUUCUAGGCAAAGAAAAUAUCAGUCUUACCAGAGGGUGUCCCUGGAAGCGGUUUCAAUGGAGAUAAGCACCAUGAAAGUGAAAAUCUAUUGUUGCAAUUCAUGCCAGAAGAAGGCCAAGAAGAUCUUGGAGCAAGCCGAUGGAGUGCAAGCCAUAUGCAUUGACAUAGGCGAUGGCUUGCUGACUGUCACGGGCGAUGUAGAGCCUUUCCUGCUGAUAGAUAUGGUGGAGAAGAAGGUCAGGAAGAAGGUGGAGCUCUGGUCCUUCCGAAGGUACCACGCCCAUGGUAGUACUGAAGAGGGUGGCCGCGUCGGCGGUUAUGGUUGGCAUCACAAAGAGGUCAAAGUGGACGACUUGCGCAGGGCGAGAGAACGGAAGAAGGCUGCUCACCGCGGGGCCGACAGAGGAAGGGCAGCGCAUGCCUGUCCUGCCCAUGCGGGCCCGUGCUGGCCGGGACCCGGAGUCUGUCAUCCUAUGGCUGGGCCGUGCCAGCUUCAUGGAGAUCCAGAGCUCUGGGGUCCGCAUGUGCCGCCUCCUCCCAUGUGCUGUGGGCCGCCUCUGUACCGGCUGCCGCCUCACCACUGGUGCAAUCCUAUGCCUCCACCACCGAUGCAGCCGCCACCGCCAUAUCACUGCCACCAUGAAGCACAGCGACCAAAGAAAUGAUCGGCUACGACAGACAUGUCGAAAUCUGCUAGGAUAGCCUAAUACCGUUAUAAAAUUCUUGUUUAGGUUCUUGAAGGACCAGACAGCUAUUAGAUGGGUGAACCACCGAUGCAUAUGAGCCAUGGUUUUGGACUAAUUUUA